AUGGAUUCUAUGUAUGAGAAAAAAGAGAGAACUGAAAAAGGUGGUAGAGGCUAUAAGACUAAGAAUGCUGUUGAUAAAGUGAAGUCAAUGCACAGCUUUGCCACAGGAUGCUCUGGAUGUCAAAUGUAUAAAUGGGUUUGGAACAGGAUCCGGAGCCCUAAGUGUGGCCAGCAGGACUAGGGGUGUCAUCAUCCCCCAGUACUCGGCAUUGGUGAGGCCGCACCUCGAGUACUGUGUUCGGUUUUGGGCCCUCACUACAGGAAAGACAUUGAGUUGCUGGAGCGUGUCCAGAGAAGGGCAACGAAGCUGGUGAAGGGCCUGGAGCACAAGUCUUAUGAGGAGCGGCUGAGGGAACUGGGUUUGUUUAGCCUGGAGAAAAGGAGGCUGAGGGGAGACCUGAUCGCUCUCUACAACUACCUGAAAGGAGGUUGUAGCGAGGUGGGGGUCGGUCUCUUCUCCCAAGUAACAAGCGCUAGGACAAGAGGAGAUGGCCUCAAGUUGUGCCAGGAGAGGUUUAGAUUGGAUAUUAGGAAACCUUUCUUCACUGAGAGGGUUGUCAAGCAUUGGAGCAGGCUGCCCAGGGAAGUGGUUGAGUUGCCAUCCCUGGAGGUAUUUAAAAGAUGUGUAGAUGUGGUGCUUAGGGCC